AUGUUCUCCAGGAAACAGCCCCCUGCCCUGGCUCGGGAAGAAAGCUACCGCCCAGCCCGGGCCCCGGAGCAGGUCUUGGGAGCUGUUGACAAUAACAUGGGUGAUGGCUGCUCUCAGAAGGCGGCUACUGCUAAUAUUCUCCGCUUCCUGUUGCUGGUGUUGAUUCCGUGUAUCUGUGCACUCAUCGUCCUGCUGGUGAUCCUGCUUUCCUUUGUUGGAACAUUAAAAAAAGCCUAUUUUAAAUCAAAUGGGAGUGAACCUUUGGUCACUGAUGGUGAAGUUCAAGUGUCUGAUAUUAUUGCUACAAAUACAAUUUGCAGCAAGAGCACUGUGACAUCUGCUACGCAUCCCGAUCAACACAUUCCAGCCUGGACCACAGAUGCUUCUCUCCCAGGGGACCAAAAUCACAAGAACACAAGUGCCUGUGUGAACAUCACCCACAGCCAGUGUCAUAUGCUGCCCUACCAAACCACGCUAACACCCUUCUUCUCGAUUGUCAAAAACAUGGAAGUGGAGAAGUUCCUCAAGUUCUUCAUGUACCUCCAUCGCCUCAGCUGCUAUCAACAUAUCAUGCUUUUCGGCUGUAGCCUCGCCUUCCCCGAAUGUGUUGGUGAUGGUGAUGACAGCCGUGGACUCCUGCCCUGUAGGUCUUUCUGUGAGGCUGCAAAAGAGGGCUGUGAAUCAGUCCUAGGGAUGGUGAACGCCUCCUGGCCCGGUUUCCUCACCUGCUCCCAGUUUAGAAACCAAACCGAAAGCAGCAACGUCAGCAGAAUUUGCUUCUCUCCACAACAGGAAAAAGGCAAGCAAUCGCUCUGCGGGGGCGGCGAGAGCUUUCUGUGCGCCAGCGGCCUCUGCGUGCCCGGGAAGCUGCGGUGCAACGGGCACAACGACUGCGACGACUGGAGCGACGAGGCCUACUGCAAUUGCAGUGAGAAUAUGUUCCACUGUCACACGGGCAAGUGCCUCAAUUCUAGCCUCGUGUGUGAUGGAUACGAUGACUGCGGGGACCUGAGUGAUGAGCAGAACUGUGAUUGCAGUCCCACAAGGGAGCACCGCUGUGGAGAUGGGCGCUGCAUCGCAAUAGAGUGGGUGUGUGACGGUGACCAUGACUGUGUGGAUAAGUCUGAUGAAGUCAACUGCUCCUGUCACAGCCAGGGUCUGGCCGAGUGUCGGAGUGGACAGUGUAUCCCCAGCACCUUCCAGUGCGACGGGGACGAGGACUGCAGGGACGGCACGGACGAGGAGAAUUGCAGCCAGAGUCAGACUCCAUGUCAAGAAGGCGACCAAAGAUGCCUCUACACUUCCUGCCUUGAUUCAUGUGGUGGCAGCUCCCUCUGUGACCCGAACAACUGUAGUCAGUGUGAACCAAUUACGUUGGAACUCUGCAUGAAUUUACCCUACAACCAUACAAUUUACCCAAAUUACCUGGGCCACAGGACUCAGAAGGAGGCAUCCAUCAGCUGGGAGUCCUCUCUUUUCCCUGCACUUGUUCAAACCAACUGUUACAAAUACCUCAUGUUCUUUGCUUGUACCAUUUUGGUACCAAAGUGUGACGUGAACACGAGCCAGCGGAUCCCACCUUGCAGAGCCCUGUGCGAGCACUCCAAAGAACACUGUGAGUCUGUCCUUGGGGUUGUGGGCCUACAGUGGCCUGAAGACACAGACUGCAAUCAAUUUCCAGAGGAAAAUUCAGACAACCAAACCUGCCUAAUGCCUGACGAAGCUGUGGAAGAAUGCUCACCUAGUCACUUCAAGUGUGGCUCUGGACGGUGUGUUCUGGCUUCCAGAAGAUGUGAUGGCCAGGCCGACUGUGAUGAUGACAGUGAUGAAGAAAACUGUGGCUGUAAAGAGAGAGAUCUGUGGGAAUGUCCAUCCAAUAAGCAAUGUUUGAAGCAUACAGUCAUCUGUGAUGGGUUUCCCGACUGUCCUGAUGGCAUGGACGAGAAAAACUGUUCGUUUUGCCAGGAUGAUGAACUCGAAUGCGCAAACCAUGAGUGUGUGUUCCGUGAGCGCUGGUGUGAUGGGGCAGCCGACUGCUUGGACAGUUCUGACGAGUGGGACUGUGUGACCCUCUCCAAAAACGUGAGCUCCUCUUCGUUCCUGAUGGCUCACAGAUCUGCCAUAGACCACCACGUGUGCGCGGACGGCUGGCAGGAGACGUUAAGUCGGCUGGCCUGCAAUCAGAUGGGUUUAGGAGAACCAUCUGUGACGGAACUGGUACAGGAACAGGAGCAAGACCAGCUGUGGCUGACAUUACACUCCAGCUGGGAGAGCCUCAAUGGGACCACUUUGCAUGAACUACUGGUAAAAGGGCAGGCUUGUCAUAGCAGAAGUAAGAUUUCUCUUCUGUGUACUAAACAAGACUGUGGGCGCCGCCCUGCGGCCCGAAUGAACAAGAGGAUCCUUGGGGGUCGGACCAGUCGCCCUGGAAGGUGGCCAUGGCAGUGUUCCCUGCAGAGUGAACCCAGUGGACAUAUUUGUGGCUGUGUCCUCAUUGCCAGGAAGUGGGUCCUGACAGUUGCCCACUGCUUCGAGGGGCGAGAGAACGCUGCCAUCUGGAAAGUGGUGUUUGGCAUCAACAAUCUGGACCACCCGUCGACGUUCAUGCAGACACGCCUGGUGAAGACCAUCAUCCUGCACCCUCGCUAUAGCCGAGCCGUGGUGGACUAUGACAUCAGCAUCGUGGAGCUAAGCGAAGACGUUCAUGAAACCAGCUACGUCCGGCCGGUCUGCUUGCCCAGCUCAGAGCAGGCCUUGGAACCCGAUACGUACUGCUACAUCACGGGCUGGGGGCACAUGGGCAACAAAAUGCCUUUUAAGCUGCAAGAGGGAGAGGUCCGCAUCAUCUCCCUGGAGCAGUGCCAGUCCUACUUCGACAUGAAGACCAUCACCGCGCGGAUGAUAUGCGCCGGCUAUGAGUCUGGUACCGUGGACUCGUGCAUGGGUGACAGCGGUGGGCCCCUCGUUUGCGAGCGGUCUGGAGGACAGUGGACAUUAUUUGGUUUAACGUCGUGGGGCUCCAUCUGCUUUUCCAAAGUCCUGGGGCCUGGAGUUUAUAGCAAUGUGUCCUACUUCAUCGAAUGGAUUGAAAGACAAAUAUACAUCCACACCUUUCUCCUGAACUAA